AAAAAGAAGACAAGAGGGAAGCCAAUCACAGCUUGCGCUGAAGAACAGUGUCACAGUCUACCCUAAGUCAUCCUCACUGACUGCCCACAAUCACAACUCCCUCUAUUCAAUACGGUGCUUUACAAUCUCACUUAACUUUCCAAAUUUCGAGUGCCGCAUUCCGCUGCUUCACUCCCUAACUCAACCCCGCUGUCUAAAAUUCUCUCCUCUCUGUUUCGCUCGAUUUCAACCCCUUCUUCGCUCUCCUUCCCACUACUCGGAUUCAAUCGAUUGGCCACUGCUUGGAUUUGGGUUCUCUCGAAUUAGGGAUUCAAUCAAUUGGCCACUGCUCGGAUUCGGGUUCUCUCGAAUUAGGGACUCAAUCGAUAGGCUGCUGAGUUCAAUCGAGAGGCUGCUGGGUUCAAUUGAGAGGCUUUUGGGUUCAAUCGAGAGGCUGUUGUUGGACUUUAGUCGAUAGGGUUCUGUGGGCUCUCUCGGAUUGAGAGGCCACCGCUCGGAUUGGGGUUCUCUCGAAUUUGUACUGCUGCUAGGUUCUCUGAGAUAACUGCUGUUGGUGCUGUAAAUGCCAAGUACAGAUAGAAACAUCGAUAAGGAGGAGUAUUGGAAAAUUAUUCACAUUCCAGACAAGGCACCUAUUCCACCACAUUUGCAACCCACAGUGAAUGCCUAUGCUUCAGUAAUUAAUCCAAAACGUGCUAACACACUUAUAAGGAGGUUGAAUAAGAUUUCUCCACUCGAAGAUCUUCGCCAUGUGAAGCGCAUAUGCAAGAAGUGUGUUGAAGGAAACGUUCAGUUAUUGGUGAUAUUAUGUCUGGCUUCUGAUGGGAGUGACCAGUCGGAAAACAUACCCAGUGAAAUGGUCGAGCUAAUCAAGUCAUACCAGUUGAGUACAUUUAUCACAAAAGUAUCCAAAUAUGCAGCUACAUCAAAAGAAGAAUGGGAAGAACAGUGCAAGCUAUGGCCAACUUUAUAUCAUCCACCAACCUACAACAUAGACGGCAUCACUGGAUUUAGUGAAGAAAACUCACAAUCAGUUUGUGAGUUCAUGAAAUUAGCUAUUGAUUUGGCAAAAUCUGUUGAUGGUCAGAUUGUAAAUGCUGCUGUUAUUGUUAAUCCAGCAUCUAAUCAAGUGGUAGCAAGAUCGUGUGAUCAGGUUUUUUCGCAGAAUAAUCCUUCAACAAGGAACAGUGCUGGAGAAGGGUACCUAGAACCAUGUAAAUUGACAUCUUCUUCCAUCAGUAAUGGACUGCAAACCUAUACAAAUUCAAGUUCAAACUCUUCCUUCAAUGAACAGAAGAGAACAUAUGGUGGCGUUUCUUGUUUACAUCCUUGGCAGUGGGCUGAACAACAGUCCCAAGCAAGUUGUUUUCGCCACCCUUUUCACCAUGCUGCUAUGGUUGCUAUCGACAAUUCUGCUGCCAGAGAUAGAUAUCUCUUCCCUGCUAGUGAACAUAUAGUUGAUAAAUGCUGUCAGGCUGAAGUUAUGGAUUCACCUUCUACAGUAUCUCCGUCUAAAAAGCAAAAGACUGAAACAAAGGUGGAGGAUUCUGGAAUACAAAAUGGCGAACAUAAUGCCUGUGGUUCCAUGCCAGUCAGACCCUACUUAUGUACUGGUUAUGACAUAUACCUUGUUUGGGAACCAUGCAUUAUGUGUGCCAUGGCACUUGUUCAUCAGCGGAUUAAGCGUAUAUUUUACGCUUUUCCUAAUCACAAUGCUGGGGCGCUUGGAAGUUUGCACAGAUUGCAAGGAGAAAAAAGCUUAAAUCACCACUAUGCUGUUUUCAGAGUCUUUUUACCAGAAUCUAUAUUGGAUAGAGAUGAUGUUGUCACUGCUGUUUCUGGAAGUGAUAAAAACAAACACAUGUUCUAUAGGAGGUCACGAGUUGAGGUGAUGAAGUGAUUUUCUAUCAUUUUAGGUUGGUUUUGGUGCAUUAUUUGCAAGAAUAGAGAAUUGUGGAUUCAUCAAGACUUGGGAUUUUGUGGGUACAUCUUCUACAAACCCUCACGAGAGCACACUCGUCCACUAGAGCUAUCUAGGGGUUUAAAGGGCUUGUUGCAUGUGCUAAAUGCAACCGUGAUCACCUACGGAAGUGGUACUAGAAGCGAGGAAGGACAUGCACGCGAGAACGAGCGAGAAACGAAGAAACGGAGCUGCCAGUGCAGACACUAGCGCGCCCGCGCUAAGUGGUAGCGCGCCCGCGCUACUAACUGCACCAACUAGCGCGCCUGCGCUAAGUUAGCGCGGCCGCGCCCAGCAGAACUCCCCGGGCCGAUUUUUACAGCUUUUUAGUGGAUUUUCGCAGCGGUCGAGGCCCGGUUGACUUAGUCAAUGCAAUUUUUAUUUCUCGUGUGUAAAACCCUAGCCUCGUAGAAGUAGUUUUAGUAGAGAACAAUAUCGUAAUCAUAGUUUUAAUUUUUAUCGAAGCACAUUAUCAGUUGUAUUGGAUCGUUCUUUGCGAGGAAGUGACAGUUUCGAGCAAGAUCGUGAACAUCAAAUCUGUGACGUGUGAUCCUUAUUAUUAUUAAUUCAAGCAUUUUUAUUCCAUUCAA